UGUCCCCAAAUCCGCCAUUUUAGUGCCCGUGUGUUGAAUAAUGCCCAUGCGGCUAAAACUCGCCUAAUUACGUAUAAAAACGCAGUUUUUGUGCUCACAAUUGUCGUUUUAUCGAACUUUCGGUAAAAAUGACCGCUUUUAUCGUCGCACGCUCGCUCCCAGUGUUAAAUCGUGCGAUUAAACAGUUUCUUUCGAAUGAUUUGACGCACCAAGCGCGCGUGAUCCAAUGCGUUAUCCCGAGCUUGACCCAGAGUCGGUUUUACGCCGCUGAGAAAAAAGUUUUCGACCGGUCGAAGCCCCACUGUAAUGUGGGCACGAUAGGGCACGUGGACCACGGCAAAACCACUCUGACUGCGGCUAUAACUAAAGUCCUAGCCGACCAAAAGCUCGCUGAAGCGAAAAAGUACCAGGAUAUUGACAAUGCCCCCGAGGAGAAGGCCCGAGGCAUUACGAUAAAUGUGGCUCAUAUUGAGUAUCAGACUGAGAACAGGCAUUACGGGCAUACGGACUGCCCCGGGCAUGCCGAUUAUAUUAAAAAUAUGAUCACGGGGGCUGCGCAGAUGGACGGGGGCAUUCUCGUGGUGGCGGCCACCGAUGGGGUCAUGCCCCAAACUAGGGAACACUUGCUCCUGGCCAAGCAAAUAGGGGUGGACCACUUGGUCGUGUUUAUCAAUAAAGUGGACGCGGCUGAUAAGGAGAUGGUCGAGUUGGUGGAGAUGGAGAUUCGGGAAUUGAUGACCCAGAUGGGCUUUGACGGGGAUAAUGUGCCCAUUGUUGCUGGGUCGGCUCUGUGUGCCCUUGAAGGGAAAAAUCCCGAGAUUGGGUCCGAGGCGGUUCUUAAACUUUUGAAAGAAGUUGAUAAUUACAUUCCCACUCCGACACGGGAGUUGGAUAAGCCGUUUUUGCUGCCCGUUGAACAUGUCUAUUCUAUUCCUGGACGGGGGACUGUUGUGACGGGGCGUCUGGAACGAGGGGUUGUGAAAAAAGGGAAUGAUUGCGAAUUUGUGGGGUACAACAAGGUUUUGAAGAGUACAGUGACGGGGGUGGAGAUGUUUCACCAGAUUUUGGAGGAGGCGCAAGCCGGGGAUCAAGUGGGGGCUUUGGUUAGGGGAGUCAAAAGGGAUGAUAUUAAGAGAGGUAUGGUAAUGGCCAAGCCCGGCACUGUGAAAAGUUACGACCACAUUGAGUCUCAAGUCUAUAUCUUGAGCAAGGACGAGGGUGGCAGGACUAAGCCCUUCACUUCUUACAUCCAAUUACAGAUGUUUUGUAGGACUUGGGAUUGCGCAAUUCAGGUCAUUGUGCCCGAUAAAGAAAUGGUGAUGCCAGGAGAGGACUCCAAGUUGAUUUUGAAAUUAUUAAGACCGAUGGUACUAGAACAAGGACAAAGGUUUACUUUGAGGGACGGUAGCCAGACUCUUGGUACUGGGGUUGUAACAAAAGUCUUGCCCGCUCUAAAAGAAAAUGAAAGAAUACAGUUGUUGGAAGGGAAGAAAGCCAGAGAGAAGAGGCAGGCACAGAAAUAAACAAGUAGCUUUUAAGUUAUUACCUUGUACUUUAUGUUAAUGAAAAUAGUGUACUAUGAAGAUGUUUUUACCGUGUAAUUAAUAAAAAUUAUCAAAAGCU